AUGUGGCCGCUUCUCAAGAUGAACUGCAGCGCAAGCUCUCCCGAAGAUGUGCUGCCCAACGCCGACAAGCUCAAAGGACGUGAAAAUUGGGAUGAAUGGGCAGUCCGUGUCGGGCGCAUCCUCAAACGUCACAACCUCUUCUUCGUCACCACGAUACGGGAACCGCAUGUCAACUCCAUGAAGGGCAGAAGCGACAAGGCGAUGGCCAUAAUUCGCCAAAAUUGCUGCCCGGGCGUGCUGGCGGCCCAAGAAGGGCAGUGCUCGAAUGCCUGGGUCAUGUGGAGGAGACUCGACUAUCUCUACAGCCCUAAUCACCAAGGCACCACUCUCAAUCGUAGAGACUUUCGGGCGCGGCUGCUGCAUGAUGUUCAUGUAUUCAACACCAUGUUCAACAGGCGAUUCUGCCAGAUCUACGGAAGCUCCUACUUGGACGGCCGAGGAUCCACAUCCAUCCCCUCGGCGCGCCUUGCCUACUACGACCUUGUUUUUGACGUCUAUGACGGCUGGGUCUGCAGGCGGAAGGAGAGAGAGAAAGGGGAGAACAACGUUUCUCUGUUUGCCAUACAGGAUGAGCUGGCCGAUUAUGUGUCCGUUCUGGACCUUUCCAUGGAGAGAUGCUAUGGCAUCGUGCCCCCGGUCAACACGAUGUCUGGCUUUGAGCCGGACAAUAGAGGGAAUAAUUCGAAUUUCUCUCCGUCCGAGAGUGAAUCCGACACAGGUAAAUCGAACCAGCAACGCACAGGUGAGAAGCAGUCUCCCAUGACAGGCGGCGCACGACCUAGGCCAAGGUCUCGACGGACUCGCCCUGACGAAAAGACUUUCAAUCCCUUGUACCUCUCCAUCAAGACAGUGUUUUUGAUCUUGGCCUUCAGGAUGUGUCACUUGUCUGCUUCUUGGCAUCUGCCAUGGAUUCACGCCGACGUGCGUACUGAGCAACAAGUUGACUGUGCUGGAGCAGACUGUCCUCUACCUACCCUUGCUGUGGCAGACACGCCGACGACUGUCGUUUCCUCCAUGGCGCCUGAUACUUGUGGUCAGUGUCAACGGCAGUACAAGAGAUUGGAUCACCUUGCCCGCCAUGUCCGCUCACAUACGCAGAACAGGCCGCACAAGUGUACCAUUUGCUUCAAGGCCUUCACUCGCACAGACCUGCUCAAGAGGCACGCCGCAAGUCAUGCGAAUACCGGCUCUGACCAGUCGGCCACGGCGCAUAGACUUCAGGGAGUCGAUGCGACCCCGAACAGGGUGACCAAGGCUUGCCGUGCCUGUGCUUCCAAUCACCUCCGCUGUACCGAGACCAAGCCUUGCUCUCGCUGUGUGGAAAAGGGUCUCGACUGUCAGUGGUCGAACCCUGCAGAAGGGCUUGAGAAUGGGGACUCAUCGGAUGAGGGGAGUGACAUGGAUACCAACAUGCAGUCCGAGGCAGACGUCUCAUCGGGCAUCCUCGCCCAGGACGGACAAUCCACCGUCGAUUCUCACGGCCUGGACAUCAGCAUGGAGGCCACAUCGAGCGCACCCACCGGCACUUCUCUCUAUGCUCCUCAGUCAGGACACCAUAACGGUCUGUUGGCUCAUGCAUCUUCGGGAACGUUCACUCCCAUGCGCACAUCCAUUCAGUCGCAAGCGCAAAGUCCAAACCCAAACUUUGACGUCAACCUGCUCUUCUCGGACUUUCCAGAUCUGGGCCUUGUUUCUGGGUCUUGGACAACCCCUAUUCCCACGACUGUACCCUUCGAUGCCGCUAUCGAGCUAGAUGAUAUGGACCUCCAAUUCCUCGAUACGUACAACACAACAGCCGACCAGAAUGAGCCGGCCUCAUCAACGUCGAACCAAAUUCGCGCAGAAGCGUUCCGGAACUUUCAGUGGAGGUUCAGACCCAGUGUCAACGAUCACGCCGGGGCCGAGGAGCACAACCUCUCAUUACCCGAGGCCAUUGACACCACGUCGCCGGAGUCGCGUUUAUCUGUAAAUCUGAGAAUAACGUGCGCUCGGCUCAAGAGCUCCAUUCGAGACCGCAUCUUGACAUUAGUGAUCAAGAGCUGCCGACCAGGCAACUUAUCCAAAGCGGUGUCCUCCUUCCCCUCCGUUGAGCUACUAGAUACCCUUGUCCAGUAUUACCUCGGAUCCCCCAUGGCCAGGACAGACUCCUACAUCCACACGCCGACCUUUGACCCCAACACGAAAAGGCCAGAGCUCGUCGCCGCCAUGGCGGCUGCCGGUGCCGUGUUGACGCUUGAUCCAGCACUUGUCAAACUCGGCUACGCCAUUCAAGAGUCUGUCCGGGCGGCCCUCCCGGAAGUGUGGGAGAAAGACAAUUCCUUGAUCAGAGACCUGCAAUUGUCUCAGGCGUUCCUCAUUUCUCUCGAGUUGGGCAUGUGGAGCGGCUACAGCAGAAAGGCCGAAAUCUCCGAGUCCUUUCUGCAGCCCCUCGUCACAAUGCUCAGGAGGGACAACAAGUUCAAAAAGACCAGGUAUCUCGACCUGUCACUGGAUCCCAGUCUUGAUGACGUCUCGCUUGAGAAGGCCUGGCACACCUGGAUCGACAUGGAGGGCUUCAGGAGACUAGCCUUCCGAAUGAUGCAUCACGAUGCCAAGUCAUCCAUGUCCCUGUUCGCGAGCCCCCUCAUCUCGUACGCCGAGGUUCAACUGCACCUGCCAUCCUCACCACAGCUCUGGAUGGCAACAACUCCUCAGCAAUGGAAACAAGCGGUUCUCGCCCAAGGCUCGCCACAGAAGCUCACACUGUUUGACUUCCUCGACAACCCAGAAGCAACCUCUGCGCCGGACGUCGCCGUCGACGAGUCGCUCUCGCGGGAGGCAUUCCUCUCCUGCGUAUGGGGCAUGGCUUGGGAGUACAUCCAGAUGAGUUCGCUGCAGCGCGCCAAGCCCCGCCGCUGGAACGACUUCGUCACCACGACGCGCCGCGACGAGCUGUCGAAGCUCCUGAGCCACUUCCAGAUGAGCAUCAACAUUUCCGCCCCGACAACCGCAAACCUCGAGCUCCUCAUCCGCCUCGAGCUCAUCCUCCUCCACCUGCACACGCCUUUUGAGGACCUGCAGCUCUUCGCCGGCAUCGAGGGCCCCGAGCAGGCGCGCGGCAUAUCCCCCGCCGUGCACGAGUGGGCCCGCGGUGAGGCGGCGCGCAAGGCCGUGUGGCAUGCCGGCCAGGCGCUGCGGCUGACGCGGCAGCUCCCGCCCGGCACGAUCCGGGACUUCACGGCCAUCAUGGUCUAUCACGCGAGCCUGACGUUCUGGGUCUACGGCCUCGUGGCGGAUCAGCAGGGGCCGUCCCGGGCCCAGUGGACCGAGUCGCCCGGUGACCUGGCGCCGCCGGUCGUCUGGCUCGAUGAGCUCGACGGCCUGCUGCUGCAGCGGUUCUUGCAGCUGGGCAGCGGGUCUCCCUGCAUACACGGCUUGUCCGAGCGCGGCGAGGUCGUUGGGGUGCCUCUUUCGAGUCCCGACCAGGUCAUGGAAAUUGUCUCGGAGGUGUUGAGGGCCAACUUUGACAGGGCGAUGCGCCCUCUGUUGGUCGAGAAGCUGGUGCAGCUGAUGGCUGGGCUGCAACGCUCGUCUCGGGGCGCCGAAGGAGGUGAAGUGUGA